AUUUUGCUAGCUAUACCAUAUGCACAAUUGAUCCCACGGGAUCACCACACAUACUACCUGCAACCCUAUACAAGAGCAACCCAAGCCAUCCUCUCUCACAGUUCACAUUUUCCCGCUUAACUGCGACUCUCUCUCUCAUCCAAUCACUCAGCUUUCACAGUUCACAUUUUCCCGCUUAACUGCGACUCUCUCUCUCAUCCAAUCACUCAGCUUCCAUGCAUUAGAAAACUGAAGCAUUUAUUUGAGUUACUUCGGCUGCCAUGAUUGUGUGUUGUGCAAAUGUAGCAUUCAGUUCUCAUAGUGAGAUGAUGUUGUAAUGGCAUGCAAUCAUCAUCAUAUUCAGUCCGCUUGGCGAAAUUUGCACAUGCUUCUUCAAAUACCAAUGAUUCCAAGGAGUAAAUAUGUGAAUUUUAAUGGCCACCUACGUAUUCAUCAUUUUUUGACUAAUAUAGCUGGAAAGGAAUGUACUACACUUCCCAGUGGUGGGGAUUUGCCAAAAAUUGGGAAGUCUUUGGCUUGUCAAACUGUUUCAGAUCCGUCCUCAGAAGUUGACAGAACAAACUUGAAGGAUGUGGCAAUUAAUACGAGCCUGUUCAAAGCGAGAGAUAACACCCUGAACACUCUGAAUGGUCGACUAAUGCUGAUUGAUGGAACAGCAGUCAUGUACAGAUCAUAUUACAAACUUUUAUCUAGGUUGCAUCAUGGCCAUUUAGAACAUGCUGAUGGCAAUGGAGAUUGGGUUCUGACCAUCUUUACGGCGCUAACCACUGUGCUUGACAUGUUGGAAUUUUCUCCAUCGCAUGUGGCGGUAGUCUUUGACCAUGAUGGAGUAUCAUUUGGUAAUACAACUACCAUACCUUCCAAAGCAUGUUUGUAUCAUAAACUCAUGGGGAAAGGCUUGACUUUUCGUCACACACUAUAUCCUUCAUACAAGGGCAAUCGCAUUCCUACACCUGAUACUAUUGCUCAGGGUCUUCAAUAUUUGAAAGCUUCCAUCAAGGCUAUGUCCAUUGAAGUGAUUGAGAUCCCUGGUGUUGAAGCUGAUGAUGUAAUUGGAACUCUGGCCAUCAAUGGUGUCGCGGCUGGCUUAAAGGUGCGUGUUGUCUCUCCAGACAAGGACUUCUUUCAGAUCUUAUCUCCGUCACUACGUCUUCUUCGGAUUGCUCCUCGAGGGUCUCAGCUGGUAUCAUUUGGGUUGGAGGAUUUUGCUAAAAGAUAUGGGGCUCUGAAGCCUUCGCAGUUUGUUGAUUAUGUGGCCCUUGUUGGGGACAGAUCCGACAAUAUUCCAGGUGUUGAAGGAAUUGGAGAUGUAAAUGCUGCUAAGUUGAUUCUUAAGUUUGGUACAUUGGAGAAUUUGUUAGAUUGUCUUGAUCAAGUUGAGGAUGCUCGGAUACAAAAGGCCUUAAUUUCUCAUACUGAGCAAGCUGUUUUGAGCAAAACUUUGGCAACUCUGCGCUCUGAUUUACCAUUCUACAUUGUUCCUUACAAUGUAGCUAACCUUGCAAUUACAAGACCAGAGGAUAAUGGAGAAAAAUUCAGGAACCUUUUGAGGGCAAUCAGUGCAUAUGCUGAAGGCUUUUCUGCAGAGCCUGUCAUCGGUAGAGCAUCGUCGUUAUGGAACAAAAGUUGAAUAUGUUCUUCUUCAUUGAGAAUGAAUGGCUUUGACAAUCGAAAGCCAUCAGUAAAAUGAAAAGUUGGCAAAGAAAUCCUGUUGAAUUAUGGGAAUUUCAGCAGGAGUAAAUCCCGCAACUGGGCGAAAUAGAGUUGACCAUCGCUGGUAACUGAUUCAUUGGAAAGAAAAAUGAAACAGGCUUCUUUUGUCUCUACAAAAUCGAGAAGUGUGAGCCCCAAUAGCCAAGAUUUUUGUAGAAGCAAGCAUGACCGUAUAUGAGCUGAAUGGUUGGUUAGUGAACAGUGCAUAGGUGUGAUAAAUUAAAUGAGUAGCUCGGAUAGGCAGCAUUAUUCACUUGAGAACUUGGAACCAUCUCUCAUGUUUUUUAAGCAUUAGUUUUUGUCCCAAGAAUCAUGUUGUUUAGGCUGAUGUUGUAUACCGAAUUUUGAAGGCCUUUUUUCUUUUUCCUUUUUGAACAUUAUAUUGAAGGGCUUCAUCUUGUUGAUUUUUUUUUUCUGUGCCCUACAAAAAAUGAUUAAACAUUGCGCACUUAUUUGUGUGUUCGUCCAUUGCGCAAAAGAAUCAAAUGCCCUUGAUUCUUCCUUAAUAUAAGUUUGUACCCUUUGAUUUA